AUGAGUAUGGACAACUGGAGGCAGCGGUUCCGGCUGGCGGUCGUCAAGGGCGGGCCUUUGGCGGGAGCACGGUACUUGGAUGUCACAGAUGACUGGCUGCAACGUGCGGCGGGGUCCUACAGGCAAGACGCCAGGUUUGAAAAGUUUGCUCGCAUGGCUACUGGCGGCGGCGUCGCUCCUGCUGAGCCCGGCCCAAGCACACCCGUGCCGGAGGCGGCCUCUGGAGACUUGGCAGCGCCUUUGAGGCCGUGCCGGGUGGUCAAGUCGGCCACGCGGCGCAGCGUGUUGUCUGUCCUCAAGACAGCCGGGUCCAAAGUGCGAGCGCUUUCUUUCUUCAUGCGCGCCUGGCUCGCGGUGGCAUUUUGUGUCGUGCUCAUGCGCCCCUUGGCCAUUGCCGUAGUGGCCAAGCUGGCUGGUGGGUUUCUGCGUUUGGUCUUCAGGCGGACGCUAGAGCUUUUCUUAUUUGUGCUGGAGCAGCUGCUUGAAGAAUUGCUGCAGCAGGCGGCUGAAGCCGUUGCGGUGCCGUUGGCAGCCGACCAGGUUACCUGUCCAGCACAGAUGACGCUGCCGCUUUUGUCACAGCUGCUUUUGGUUGCCAGCAGCUCUGCUGCCGGAGCCUUUGCUCACUACGUGUCACUCCGGCUGCGCACUCGUCCACAGCUUCGCUUGUAG